AUGGUCUGUGUCGAAGAAAGGAAAAGAUUGACGUGUGCAUCGAAAUGGAUCAAGUCUUUCGGGGACCAACAAGGAAUUGGUUCUCCGUUACCACUUUUACCUCAGUAUCUCCGUUACCACUUUUACACGAGCAGCUCCGUUACCACUUUUACCUCAGUAGCUCCGUUACCACUUUUACCUGAUCAGCUCCGUUACCACUUUUUUACCUCAGUAGCUCCGUUACCCCUUUUACCUGAUCAGCUCCGUUACCACUUUUACCUCAGUAGCUCCGUUACCACUUUUACACGAGCAGCUCCGUUACCACUUUUUUACCUCAGUAGCUCCGUUACCACUUUUACACGAGCAGCUCCGUUACCACUUUUACCUCACAUCUCCGUUACCACUUUUACCUCAGCAGCUCCGUUACCACUUUUACACGAGCAGCUCCGUUACCACUUUUACCUCAGUAGCUCCGUUACCACGUUUACCUGGUCAGCACCGUUACCACUUUCACCUGAGCAGCUCUGUUACCACUUUUACCUGAGCAGCUCUGUUACCCUUUUACCUGAGCAGCUCCGUUACCGCUUUUACCUGAGCAGCUCUGUUACCACUUUUUCAGCACCUGUUACCACUUUUACCUCAGUAGCUCUGUUACCACUUUUACCUGAGCAGCUCCGUUACCGCUUUUAUCUGAGCAGCUCCGUUACCACUUUUACCUCAAUAGUUCCGUCACCACUUUUACCUGAGCAGCGAUAG